AUGCAUUCUACGUUCAAUUUUCUUGUAUUUUUCAUAUCUGCAUAUCUAUUAGCAACUGUUCACUUAGAAAAAAUAUUUGAUAAAAGCAAAUUGGUUCAAGUUAAAAUUUUUUCAAAUGUUGCUGAAGUACAACGUUCAUUAAAAUCAACAGAAUUACCAUUGAGUUUUUCCGAAGAUGAAUGGAAUGAUAUACGUUCGAGUACAAUAACAUUAUUAAACAAUAAUAUUAAUAUUAAAUCACAAACUACUGUUAAAUCAAAACAAUCAAUAAAUAAUCAAUUAGUUUAUGUUCGAAAGCCAACGUCAGUUGGCGGAGCAUACGAAAUGGUGACUUGUCGAAUGGUUGAUGAAACAAAAAAUCUUGUACAACAACUUAAUACAGGUCGAUAUUAUAUUGUUAGUAAUGAACAAAUUGAAUAUGUAGAUAUUCCAUUAAUAAAAAAUCAAUAUCUUCUUGAUUUUACAUUUGAUAAAGAAUUACCGUUAGAUGAACUUGUUCAUAUUAGUUAUUUACGCUCGAAUUUAUCAUGGAGAUCACGUUAUAAUUUACAAUUAAAUGGAUCACAAUCUGUUUUAACUAGUUAUGGUGACAUUCAUAACAAUGCUUCCUACAAUAUUGAAAUAAAUAAAUUAACAUUAUUAACGGGUUCUAUUAGUAUGUAUACAGAAUGUUUAGACCGUUACAAACUAUAUGAUGAUUUUAACAGACAUUCAUUAGCAACUUAUGCGGAUGUUAAACCCCUUGUUUGUUUACCAAAUACAAAGCCGUUUGUAUUUACAAUUAAUGAACCAUUUAUAAUAGAAUCAAAAGCGCAUUUUCUGGUACCUAUAUCACACACUUAUGUUGAUGUUCAAUGUUAUAAUUCAUUAAAAAAAGAUAGAUUUUCAUUUGUAACAAAUCGUGGAAAUAUGGAACGUUCAUGUAAACUAUUAAGUAAAUUUAAUUAUCUACCAAAAGGAAAUCUAGUUAUACGUGAAAAUGAAAAAAUUUUGGGUGAAUUAAUGUUCUCAGGUGAUAUACAUCCAAAUGAUUCAUAUAAUUUUGUUCUUGGUAUGGAUCCCGAUGUUACCUAUGAAGAAGAAAUUAUUCCAAUAGGCGUUGCAACAGUUAAUAAAUCAAACACAGAUUCGUACAUGUCAUAUAAAAAUAGAAAAACAAUAUAUCAAGUUAAUGGUAAAAUAAGAAAUUUUAAAAAUUUUGAAAUUAAUGUUGAGUACAUAAUAAACGGUGAUAUGUUUAGCGGUUAUUCUGGUAUGAAAAUUCUUAAAACAGAUACAGGACAUAUUGAUUUGUCAGGAAUCUCUAUGAAAUUUGUUAUACCUGCUGAGCAAGAAAAAGAAUUUAGUUAUACAAUACAGAAUGAUUAUGGAUAUGGAUAUUAA